GCCUUGCCUCCACCACCUACAUGGAAGUGAUGGAAUGGAUGAAGCAGGAGGAGCGUCUUGGUCGCCCUGUGGACAUCCUCUGCCUGCAGGAGACCUCGUGGCGCGAAGACAAUGAGUAUGUCACUGGAGGCGACAGCCCAGCCACGCGUUGGUUUGCUGUGCACAGCGGCAGCAAAGAGAAGGCAGGCAUCCUGGUUCUCAUUCGGGCCAAUCUUGUACCGGCGGAUCUGAUCAGACAUACCGUGCUCGUUGCAGGUUUCUCAACUCCUGCAACAACGAGCCACGGUGUGGCGGGCUAUGUCCAAGUGGAUCUCUCGGGUGUUGUCCCUAGAGAGGAGAUCCAGCAGCAGGUCAUCGUGCCAGAACAUAUCUCCCACCGACAGCGGGGAUAUCCACUCAGGGGCAUCUCCCAGUGGGCUGUACCAUCCCUGUUCCCUCACCUCCUCAUCAACGACGGCAAGGCUGUUCAAGCACUCUGGUCGAGAACUGAGGGCCUGGAUAACCCCGAGGCCGGUUACUGUGACCUGGAUGGCAUUCUGCGCACAGCGUGGGAACAGGCCAACUUGUACGUCAGCUUUGGCUGCUUCGGGCCUUCCUUCGCGAUCAAGCUAGGCAAGUACAUGCAGCAAGGUCGGGCCAAGCGGAUCAACAUGGUUGAGCGCUUGGUUAAUGAUAACAAUGUCUUCCAGGCGGCCAGAAAGAUCGAGCAUCAGGACAUCCUCGACUACUUCCGAGACCUGUACUCAGGCCCUGAGCCACCUGCAGAGCACCUCCAGCACUCCCUCACCAUUGCACCUGUGGAGGUGGCCAUGGCCCUUGGACACCUGGCUCCGGGGAAAGCCAUGCCUUCCGCCUCGGCCCCGGCUGUGGUGUGGAAGACUUUACGUGAUCGGUUGUCCCCUCUCAUUGCGCACCAGCUCACCAACGUUCUUCAACCUGGCCUGCUCCAACUGCCGAAAACUUGGUGUGUGAGCGAGUUGGUCCUUUUACCCAAGCCUGGUAAAUCGAUGACGACUGUCAGCCACCUUAGGCCGAUCAGCCUACUUCCACCGGUUGCCAAAAUCCUCGCGGCUACGCUGGCCCAUCGUCUCCGACCCACUGCCGCUGUCUACCUUGCGGGGAUCCCACAGUUUGCCUAUAUACAACUCCGGGGAUUGCCCCAAGCCCUUGAGAGAGUGAUCAGUCACUGUGCCCAGGUCCGAUCCCUGUUGGCCUCACAGCACAAUUCGCUCUUCGCCCGCAAGGGUAUGGGGCCCCGCAGGCCGAUCCUAGGUGGUAUGAUGUUAUCCUUGGACAUUUCCCAUGCGUAUGAUGUCGUGGACCGAGAAGACCUCAGGCUGGCACUGGCGGACGCCAACGUACCACCGGAGUUGGUGAGUGUGAUAUUGACUAUACACCACCAGGCAGAGAUGCGGAUCACUCAUUGUGGCUGUUCGGGGGAGGUUCGCCUGCUACGAGGACUGCGACAGGGCUGUGGCCUCUCGCCCAUCUUAUGGGCGGUCUUCUCAGGAUGGUUGCUAAAGCAACUCAAUGCUAUCCCGGACAUGCAGCAGUCUCUUGUGAGGUCCAACACCACGUACGCGGACGAUUUCCUCUUCAAAUGGGUCAUCGACAGUGGCCGCGCCCUUGAAGAUGCCUACAGACAAGCGAGGGUGGUGUUGGGGUUUCUUCGACAAAGAGGUCUACCCCCGGCGGAGGCGAAGCAAGUGUUGACCCUCCUCCUCGUGCAGGCUCGAUCCGUUACCAGAUCAUACAGCUGGCUCACUAGGGAGUCGAAUGUGGAGUUCAUGAAAAGGCAGGGCAUCAAACACCCGGCGGAGCUCCUGAUUCAGGCCCUGUCUCGAAGAGAUAGCCAAGAUGCUGGUCAGAUGGACAAGCUUCGACCGACUGAGGCCCAGCUCCAAUGGCGGCAGAUGCUGAAGGGGCAGUUUGAGGAAAUGCGGCAACAGCAGCUAGCCCCCUCCCAACAGCACCCACACACCACUCGUACCAUGCUCGUCCCAGUUGACAAGAUCAUACAUGAGGUCUUUGAGUGUGCGGAGUGUGGCCUUUCCUUUGGCACUGCUGCGGCGCUGAAGCGACAUCACUUCUUGACUCACUUGUCGGCUGAGCAAAAACAAGAACGACAACAUGAAGUCAAAGUUGCUGCUCAGCGAGCCAAUAUGGAACAUGCCAAGGCACUCCCGGCGACAAUCAUGGCUCCUGGAGGGAUGACGGAGAAGGAGGACGCAGAGAGCCAGCGUCAGACCCUGGACGAGGCGACGGCGGAACUCCAGCUGAUGCAGGUAGCCACGCCCCUGAAGCAGCGCGGGCUCUCGAUAGAGCAGGACCCGGCGAUGGACGUGGACGGCGAGGAGGAGCUGGUCGAGGAGGCCUGGGACGCGGACAGGCCGGCGAAGUUCCAGAGACCGGGAAACAAGGGACAGCCCAGCGGCGGCGGACGAGGCAAGGGCGGCAAGGGGCAACAGAUGAGGGGCCAGGGCCAGGACAAGACCUACGGUCAAUCUGGAGCCUACAGAGCACGCGGCUCAGGACAGGACCAGGGUCAGGAUCACGGGGGGCCGAAUCUACAGAAGGAGCUCCAACGGCUCAGGACCCAGGUCAGCCUCCUCACCUCGUUGAUACUCCGUCACGACAACCAAGUCAACUUGAUGCGACUCGACACUGCCUACGUUUUCUUCUUGAGAACGGACACCCCAGGCAGCUUGGCGACGGCAUUGUAUCAAACAGGGUUGACGUGGAAGUCGACCAAGGAGAAGGACCAGGACAAGCUGGAGGCCCCCAUGAGGGUGAUCCUCAUGCAGGGGCUGCUGUCGUCGACUUUAUCGAGGUUCGAACAAAUGAUCAAGGAUCCGGCGAAGAAGGCGGCUGCUGUUCAGGUGGGCUGGCUUACGGCCGACGGGACAAGGGUGCCGGGUAUGAAGUGGGACCAGACGACGAAGAAGCACAUCAUCGACGACACGAUCAAGUCGCUCGAGGUGCAGACGGUGAUGGACACCCUGACGGAGCUGAUCAUCCUAUGCAAGGUCCCGCUGGUUGUGAACCGAUUCCACGCCACGCGCCCGAUGGCGGCGGAGUACGAAUCGCCGGUGCUACCGAUGAUGCUCGAUGUGGGGUUCCGAGUGGCCUCUGCGGACAAGGCCUGGACUCUCCUGGACUCGCUGGCUCGCUCAGCAGUGUGGAUCUGUGCGGGAGCUCACAUGCGCCACGAUCGUCUGCAACGGGGUCCACUGGCUCAGCGGCUGGCUCUCUUCACGGACCAGCAGAACCAAUGGUGGCGCAG